CACCCUACGCAAACUUCUUUCGACAUCUCUCAUCAAGUUUUCUCUCUCUAAAACUAAGACUUUUUCUCUCUCUAAAUUUUCUAGCUUUUCUGUAAUGGAAACGGAACGUGUGACCGAGUUCCCGAUGACCCAUCUGGAUCGUCGUCCAAGAAAGAGGGCGCGUUUGGGCUGGGACGUACUUCCUGAGCAGCCUAAGGCUCAGCUAGAAUUGUUUUGUGGACAAGCUGUUGGGAAUCUGACAAGCUAUACGACUUCAAGGCAACCUACAGACCUUACUGGUACACUGGUUGUUAAGGGGCGAAAUGGUUCUCCCCCAUGGAGGAAUGAUGACAAAGACGGGCAUUAUACAUUUGAGCUUGGAGAAAAUUUAACGUCACGCUACAAAAUCCACAGUAAAAUGGGAGAAGGUACUUUUGGCCAGGUUCUAGAAUGCUGGGACCGUGAAAAGAAGGAAAUGGUGGCCAUUAAGAUUGUUCGGGGCAUUAAGAAGUAUCGUGAAGCAGCUAUGAUUGAGAUUGAAAUGCUUCAACAGCUUGGUAAACAUGACAAAGUUGGCAAUUGUUGUGUGCAAAUACGGAACUGGUUUGACUAUCGUAAUCAUAUCUGUAUUGUCUUUGAGAAGCUAGGACCAAGCUUAUACGAUUUCCUACGGAAAAACAAUUACCGCUCCUUUCCCAUUGAUCUUGUCCGUGAGAUUGGCAGACAACUCUUGGAAUGUGUAGCAUUUAUGCACGAUUUGCGUCUCAUCCACACUGAUUUGAAGCCUGAAAACAUUCUGCUUGUCUCCCCGGAUUUUAUAAAAGUUCCUGACUAUAAGUUUUCUUCAAGGUCACCUAAAGAUAGCUCUUACUACAAAAGAGUUCCAAAGUCAAGUGCUAUAAAGGUAAUCGAUUUUGGGAGCACAAUAAAUGAUCGUCAGGAUCAGAAGUAUAUUGUAUCAACUCGUCAUUACCGUGCACCAGAAGUUAUUCUGGGUCUUGGAUGGAGGUACGCAUGUGAUAUAUGGAGUGUUGGCUGUAUCCUUGUGGAGUUAUGUUCGGGAGAAGCAUUGUUUCAAACACAUGAAAAUCUAGAGCACCUUGCUAUGAUGGAGAGGGUACUUGGCCCCCUUCCUCAACACAUGCUAAAAAGAGUAGACCGGCAAGCAGACAAGUAUGUGAGAAGGGGACGUUUGGACUGGCCUGAAGGAGCAUCAUCCCGUGACAGUAUCAAAGCUGUGUUAAAGCUUGCUCGCCUUCAGAAUAUAAUUAUGCAGCAUGUGGAUCAUUCUGCUGGAGAUCUUAUUAAUCUCUUGCAAGGACUCCUUCGUUAUGAUCCAUCUGAAAGGUUAACUGCUCGUGAAGCCCUGAGACAUCCUUUCUUUACGCCGGGUCGUCUGAGUAGGUAAAUUGGAUUGCACUUUAUCCUGAAGCUGCGUGCUCCUCACGUGAUGCCUGGUAAUUUGCUUUUGGACAAUCUGAUGUAGUGGAGGGAUUCGUGCCAGUUUCUUAUUGGCAGUCUUAACGAGUUGAUGAGGCCCCAUGUAGAUACAAUUCAUUUGUAUGUUUCUUGCAGUUGGUGAUGCAAGUCUGCCGAUUUUGUGCCCAUAUGUAUAUUAAAAAUUGAGCUCUCAGAAUAUACCUAGUGUGUAAUUAGUUUGAAAGUUGGCGUGCUAGAAAUGAUUGGAAGAUUAACUGAGUAUAUAUUUACCUGUUUCCAUGAUGAAAUGUGUAGUUGAGCAUCGUGCAUUCGGGCUGAUGAUGAUUGACAGGUAAUGGAUAAUGUAAUUUUAUGGUGUUAAUAUCAAUUAACCUUGUUGGCA